CUAGACGUCUCCUCAUCUCGGCGUAAGGCCCACAAGGCCCACUUUUCCGCUCCUUCAUCCGUUCGCCGCAAGAUUAUGUCGUCCUCGCUCGCUAAGGACCUCCGGGCCAAGCACAACACACGCUCUGUGCCGAUUCGCAAAGACGAUGAGGUGCGCGUUGUCAGGGGCAAGUACAAGGGACGUGAGGGGAAGGUCACACAAGUGUACCGGAAGAAAUGGGUCAUCCACAUCGACCGGGUACAACGUGACAAGUCAAACGGUGCAUCGGUACCGAUUGGCAUCCACCCGAGUAACGUUGUCAUUACUUCUCUCAAGUUGGACAAGGACCGACGGGCAAUUCUGGAUCGUAAAGACAGGAAGAAGAAUCCCCCUCCCAACUUGGCUCGGACCUCAGGCGAGGACGUCGAGAUGGUUGACGUGAGUAAUACAGCUGCUUUUGCUGGACCAGAAUAUCUUAUCGGUUCAAGCAGUAAUCGUCCGCCUGUUCGACAUUAUGCUCUCUGUUUCGUGUUGUUUGGGCACCUCAAAACACUCAUGUACUUAUGCGUGCACUAUUCCAUAUAUGACAUGCUGCAUGGUACCGGCAGUCCUUUACGGCGUCGGCGCAGUCAUGAUUCGUGA